CGUCUCAAAUACUUUUUAUAACAAAAAGAUAAAAUUAGGGCUGCUGCGUUUCGGCGAAUUUUGGUUGCCCCUUGCUUGAACCAAAACGUGAUCUUCGAUUCGAUUGCACAGUACAAGACGAGGAAUGGCUGGGUUUGCUGUUGUUAGUAAAGAUGAAAGAAACAAGUAUCGUUUAUCAGUUAUGUGUCCAGUAGAGCUGUCUGUAUCUGAAAAUCUCAACUUUAAUUCCUUUAAAAAGCAUGAUACAGUUCUUGGUGGUAGUUGUGGUGGAUUGUUGUAUUUCCAUGGCAAUUAUGGCCACAGUUUCAUUUGUAACUUAAAAACUAACCAAAUGAAAGUCCUUACUCCGCCCAAUUUCUUACCCCCUCCAAAUGAUGGCAUUGUGACAUAUAGUGGUCUGGGCUAUGAUGCUAAAUCUGGAGACUUAAAGGUGAUAAGACGAUAUGUUCAACAUUAUAUACGUAAAAUUGAUGAAACAGAUGGAGGAACUGGUUAUCAUGGUUGCAAGUCUCACACUGAGUUGUAUUCGUCGAAAGAUAAUGAGUGGAAGAAGAUUAAGCAUGCUGUUGGUUGUGUCGCCGCUGGUGUUGGUGUUUCUGUUGAGGAGACUGGGAGUUGUUAUUGGGUAGUAGUCGUUGACCCCUCGGAACAAAAGAUAAAAGAGUACCUCGAGAGGCACUCGAUUACUGACCCGUGGGCUCCUCAUGUUCUGUCAUUUGAUUUUGCUACUGAUAGCUUCGAACUCAUCCCUUUACCAGCCACAACCAUCAGAGCUUACUUUUUACUUUGUAAGGUUCGUGGUUCGAUAGGUGCUCUUGCCUAUUGGAAGUCUUGUUCUUCUGAGUUGUGUAUUAAGGCUUUUGUACUGGAAGGAACAUCGUGGGGUGUAUUAUGUGAUGAUAUCCCCCCACUUGCUGAUGUGGAGAGACCCUUGGGUUUAAAAGAUGAUCGCUGGUUGUUUGUUGAAGCAAAAGCGAGUGAUAGUGGGCAGCUUAUGGUUUAUGAUUUGUCUCAAAAAGAGUCCAAGAAACUCAAUAUCUACGACUAUCCCGGACGCAUGCAUGGUAUUUCUUAUGACGCCGAGAGCACAGAUCCACCACUGCCAUGUUCUACACCAAUAAGUGACUAUUAUCUGUCCAAGGUGAGGAGGAGCGGUAAGGGGAAGGAGAAGAGCAUGGAGGGGAAGGUGAAGAAGAUGAGCCGCGGGAUGAAAGUACUUAAUAUUUAAGUACUUUGUGCUAGCUUGUUGUUGGAUUUCCAUUCUUGUAUGAUUUUGCUUCUUAUCCUGCACCUGAAUGUUUCUGGCUGGAUAGAUCUGAAUCGACUCCCAAUAGCACUAGGGAUGGAAUACAAAAGUUGCUACUCCCCUCCAAUAGCACUUGAGCACAUUUAUAUUGAAGGAAAGGUUGUAACCUAAAUCCUUUUCCCAUUCUUUUAAUCCAUGUAUCUGCAUGCUUUUAAAAAGUAUUAUUAUUAUUA